UCUAAAGAAUCGCCCGUUAACCUUCCAAACUACCGAAUAGCCCUUUAAAAAGGUGGAAGUAAAAUAAUUUCACCAUUCCUUUGUGGACCGCCAUAAUAUUACAGAAGAAGGAGAGAGAAUUACAGGUCGGUCAGAGCCUACGGUCAGAGUCAAAAGCGCAACAGAGCGGAGACACGAUGUGGUACUUUCCUUCGUUCUCCACGGAGACAUGGACUCUGAUAGCGAUACUAUUUGCUAUCUUCAUGUGGUAUGGGUAUGCACCUUAUGGAUUCUUCAAGAAACUCGGGAUCCAGGGACCUAAACCUCUCCCCUUCAUAGGGACGUUUUUAGAGUACAAAAGGGGUCUCUUCAUUUUUGACAAUGACUGUUACCAGAAGUACGGCGGUUAUUUGAUGGCAGACUGCCCGUAAUGGGUGUGAUGGACACAGCCAUGAUCAAAACCAUCCUGGUGAAGGAAUGUUACUCUGUGUUUACCAACAGACGGGACUUCGGGUUGAACGGGGAGCUCCACGAUGCUGUAACAACCGUAGAAGACGAUGAGUGGAAGAGAAUCCGCAGCACUCUGUCUCCCUCCUUCACCAGUGGACGACUCAAAGAUAUGUUCGUGAUAAUGACUCAACACUCCAGAAACCUGGUGAAGUUUCUGCAGAAGAAGGUAGACUCUGACGAGGUCCUGGAAGUUAAAGAAAUCUUUGGGGCCUACAGUAUGGACGUGGUGGCAAGUAGCGCGUUCAGUGUUGACGUUGAUUCUAUCAACCAACCCAAUGAUCCCUUAGUCGUCAACGUAAAGAAACUACUCAAAUUCAACCUGUUAAAUCCUCUCCUAAUCUUAGUAGUGUUGUUCCCGUUUAUGCGUCCGCUCCUGGAAAAGUGUAACGUCUCUCUCCUACCUGCUGGUGCUAUGAAAUUCUUCUAUUCCUUCCUGAGGAAGAUCAAAGCAGAGAGGAGCAAGAAUGUACACAAUACCAGAGUGGACUUAAUGCAGCUGAUGGUGGACUCUCAGAUCCCACAGGACCACAGCUCCAAGGAGGCCGCACACAAAGGGCUGACGGACCAUGAGAUCCUGUCCCAGGCGUUGACAUAUAUCUUUGGGGGCUAUGAGACCAGCAGCAGCACACUGGGUUUUCUAUCCUAUAACCUGGCAACAAACCCUGACGUCCAGGCUGCUCUGCAGGAUGAGAUCGACCAGAUCUUCCCCGACAAGGCUCCGCCCACCUAUGAAGMGCUGAUGCAGAUGGAGUAUCUGGACAUGGUCAUCAACGAGACCUUGCGGGUGUAUCCCAUCAUCAGCCGGCUAGAGAGGGUUGCCAAGGCGACCGUGGAGGUGAAUGGUGUGACCAUCCCCAAGGGAACUGUUGUCAUGAUCCCAAUCAUGGUCCUUCACCACCACCCAACACACUGGCCCAAACCUGACGUCUUCCGACCAGAGAGGUACGGUACAUUCAACAGACGGAACAUUGAUCCCUACACCUUCCUUCCGUUUGGGAUGGGGCCCAGGAACUGUAUCGGCAUGAGAUUCGCCCUCCAGACCAUUAAGCUGGUGAUAGUAGAGAUCCUCCAGAGCUUCAGUUUUGUCACCUGCAAGGAGACAGAGGUUCCUCUGGAGCUGUUUGACAACGGCUUCCUCGCCCCAACGAAGCCCAUCAAACUGAAGCUGGUCCCCCGUGUUGUGGCCCCCAGKCAGGAUUGAGAGGAGAGGCACAGGUAUACAGGACAGUACCCUGUUAGUCUAGCCAAGUCGGUUCCUGCUUCAGUCAAACAUGGCAAUGAGUAAAUUGUCUAAAGGGCAAGGCAACCUUCCUGUUGGAAGGGAUCAGCUUAGACUCAUUGAUAUUCCAGGCUUAUACUCUGGAAUUAGUACAAUUUAUUGAUUUUAUAGUGAAGAAACUACCCAACUAGCUAUAUUAAUAAAAUAUUGACGUG